AUGGCGACCACCCAGGCCAGUCACUCCCGGGACAGAUCAAUCACCCAAUCCACCAUGGCCCCAAUGCUCGAUUUCCAGCUCGCCCCGUCCAUGGCGCCUUUUGGUAGCCACCCGAUGCCCUUGAGCCAGCCGUGGGAGAUGCCCAUGCCCACAACCCUCAGCCGGCCGGAGUCGACGGCGAACGCGCUAUCCAAAGACGUUGCGCUCUCCAUUCGACGCGAACGGGAAUUGCUCGAAGCCGCUGUGCCCAUCACAUACACCCCUGCGACGCACAGAAUCAGCAAGGCGAAGAAGGGAAAACGCGUUCAUUUCUGUCAAUUCCCCGGCUGCCCAAAGGUUUUCACAAGAGCUGAGCAUCGACGGUACGCGUUCACAACCUCCCACCGCGCUCGACACACCUCCCAGAGAGAAGCUGACCCCCAUCAUCGCAGGCGCCAUGAGCUGAACCACAACCCGCGGAGAGAAUUCAUGUGUUCGGUGGAAGGUUGCGGCAAAGGUUUUCACCGACACGACUUGCUCGCCCGUCACAUCGAGAAACAGCCAUCAUCCUCUCGUCGCCGGAAGACUAGUCGCGCCUCGACCGUCUCCGACAAAACUGCUUCGAAUCCUACUCCGAUCCCCAACCAUCGAUUGACCCCCGUCCGUCAUACCCUCCCAGCAGCAACAACAACGACCACAACCACAAUUCCCACUCCCACUCCUUCCGAAUCACUCCCUCUUCCUCCGACGUCGCUCCCGCAAUCUUAUGCAGGCGACUUCUCAGCCCCGUUUUGGGGCCAAGCCGGAAAACCGCUGCAGAAGAACCAAACCGUCCCCCAAACCCCCUACCACCUUGUCGACGAUGUGGGCCCCAUUCUCCUCGCCCGCCAGUUCGCGCUCUUCCUCGUCGAACGGCAGCCCAUUUCCCGUGUCCUCACAAUUCCCCGUCAUCGAACAGUUCCCCGAAGUCGUCUUUGCCCAACAGCUCACCACCUCCCCCACUCUCAUGGCAUCCUACCCCGACUGGACUCCCCUGGAAGCGGCGGUCACCCAGCCCCCGCAGAUGUUGCCCUCCACAACCUUUGGGUGCGACAUCCCCCAGACAGUAGUACCCCUCUCCAACCUGGAUGGAGUCGAAUGGUUUGCUCUGCGACGCGAGCUUGCUUCCCCCCCGGAGUCGUUUCAGGCGAUAAUGGAAUGGCAAUAAUUGACCUGGCCAAGUGGCAGGAUUGUUUUGAGUGUUACUGGCAGCACUUCCACCCGCUGUUUCCAAUCGUUCACCGGGCUUCUUUCUUUACCACGAAACCGAGUCCUUUGAUGGCGGGGGCGAUGGUGGCGAUUGGAUCGCAGUAUGAUCGUCGUCCAAAUUCAAAAGAAUAUUCUUUGGCGUUACUUGAGGCUUGCCAAAAGAUUUUGUCCAAGUUUAUUCAGGACAGCCAUUGGGCAUCACGGAACCCGCUUGCUGCAUACCAGAGCUUACCUCAGAACCCAAGCCCCGACGAUAUCACCAACGCGCACAAGUCCUGGGUCGAACACGAAACCCGCAGGCGAGUCCUACAAGCUGCUUUCAUUCUCGAGGUGCAGCAGUCGGUGUUGUUCCAACAACCGCUAGCAACUUUUCUCCAAUCGAACCUGGACCCUGUGAUGAGGGAGUAUCGAAUUUCCCCAAAGGUCGACCUCCCAUUCCCAUGUAACUCUGAGCUUUGGGAAUGCGGCGAUAUCAAUCAGUGGACCAAGCAUGCCAAAGGUUAUGAAGCACUGGUUUCUUCUACUGCUAGAGAACGGAUUAUCAAAUCCACGGAUGGCCCCGGUUUUGAUCUUGACCCCUUUCAAGCCAGUCUUAUUUUCAGCCAAACUCUACCUAACACAAGUGAUUUGGAAGAGGUCAUGGCGGUGUUUGUUGAGAAAGUUGCAGGCAAGAUCGACCUAGCUGGUAAUUAUGGCCAAAACACGCGGUCGUCCUACAUCCGGUUCAUGUACCAUGCCCACCUUGCAGCCAAGCACAUCCCCCUACAAGCAAUCUUAACCGUUAGCGGAGAAUCCUGGCUUUUCAAUCGCAAGGUUUGCGAGGCAGAGUUUCAGACAGCCAAAGAACGAGUGCGGACCUGGGCUUCGAACACCACAGAAGUGAAAACGGCAUUGUGGCACGCGAUACACGUUCUUCAAUAUACCGUUCAUCAUUCUGACUGCAGCAAGAGGAAAGCUUCAGUUCAGGGUCCACGCCGACCGAGUAUGGAUCAGCUUCAGAAUGGGUACCUCAACUCGCCCGCCCCCUCUGCGGUUUCUACCAAUUCCCAAGACCGCACUGCCACUGGCCCAACCCCUCCUUUCCUCCAUAACAACAAUACAACGUCUUUUCAACCACCCGCCGGACCCCUGACAAUGCUCCAAUCCAAUUGGGUAUUGUAUAUAUGCCUUUUAAUUUGCUAUGCCUACGAAAACCGCGCCACUCUAUCUAAUAAUCAAUUAAUCACGGCAAAUCCUUCUCCUGUCACGCCUAUUUCAACUGCGCCUCCGAUGACCAUGCAUCAGUACAUCUCGACCUUCCUCUCCUCUCCCUCCUUUUCUUCUCUCCACCAGUUCCUCCACCCGCCGGGGCCGCAUCCCAUCACCCCCGGCCACGACUUAACGGCAGUGAUUGAGCAUAUUCGUUUUACUAUUUCUAGAAGCGCGGGCGGUAAUUGGAAUGGCGCCGGCCUUUUGAACGAGGCCGAGCGUGUUCUGGUGAGAUUGAUUGAGCAACAACAGCGAGCACAGCAACAGCAUUUUCAGCAUUUUCAGCGUCAGCGUCAGCAUUCGCAUCAGGCGCAGCUCCAGCCAGCGUGGGAGUUUGUUGAUUCGGGAUUUUAA